UUCCGCCCUGGGCUCUAGCUACCCCUCCACCCCGCGAGCGAGGCUCAAAGGCGGUCCAAGCUUCCCCAUAGAUCUUCGAUCCACAUACAGCUUCCGUGCUUCUUUUAGAUCCAUCUCAUGUCAACGACAUCAUGACGCCUAUGACGAAACGACAUAUCCACAAAAUCGUAGGCCUCAGUACAAAACAGUUCGAAAUGGAGGCACAUGCGAAGACUUCACUGAACUCCAUCUAUCCUCCAUAAUCACCUCGUUUUCAAAUCAAUUUCAACACCAAAUUCAACCAAGUUUAAGGUUCCAGUCUACACAUAUACCUUUUCAGAAAUGCCUCAAGAUCCCCACCAAGGCGGCCGUCUCGAAGACAUGGCGGCGACAGGGACAUCCAUUCCUAAUGAUGCCGGCGCUCAACGCAUCAUCCCCUCUGUCCCGCGCCCCGACCAGAUCGAUCCCAACCCAGACAUCUAUUCGCACGCAAAUCCAGCUCACGCCGCGGAUAAUGCGUUUGAUAUUCCAAGAGGCCCCAGAGAUCAAGGCGCUACAAGUGAGAUCGUAACUGGUACCGGCGACCAGAUGCCAACCAACAUCGAGAAGAAGACUUUUGGUGUGUCCAACCAGAGCCCAUCCGUCUUGGAAUGUAAAUAA